CUUAUCUCAGCCAAAGUGAAAUUUCGCACAAAACGCAUCAACCGGCAAAGCUCAAGUGCAGUCGCUAACUCAGACACCUCACGAGAUGUUGCAAUUCAGGAAGCAAUUUGUAUUUGUCGCACUGAUAACGGUUUUUAUGCAAAUACGAAUCAUAACGGUAGAUGGUUUUAAUGAUGCGGAAUACAUGACGAUCAUUGUGGACGAGGCAAUGCGUAAUUUGCUAAAACAAUGCAAUAAAAGUGAAAAAGCGGAGGCGCAUACCACAAGAGCACUACAACAAGCUGAUGAAUCGCCGGUAACCCUGAAGCAGUUGAGCGAUUUAAUGGAGAAGACCGUGCGUCAGCUCAGCGACUCCUUCACCACGCGCCUCAUGCAACGUUUCCCCAAAACCUGCGCCGAUAUAUUGCCGCCGGGUGUGCUCGAUCGCAAUGAUGUCUACAGUCUACACAUAUCCGGCUAUACGCCCAUAAACGUCUACUGCCUAGCCGAUACGGCUGGCGGUUGUGCAUGGACCGUUGUGCACAGACGUCAGGAUAAAAACACCGACUUCAAUUUGCGCUGGGUGGAUUACAAAGCCGGUUUCGGUGAUCCCUACAGCAGUUACUUUGUCGGCAUGGAGUCGCUGUUUUGGUUGAUCAGCGAUGCACCACAAGAAUUGCGUAUUGUUAUGCGGUUGAAUAGUUCCACCGAGGAGGAGGUGGCUAAUUAUGAUCACUUCGUGUUGGGCGAUGAGGGUGAUCAGUUUGCGUUGAAAAUGUUGGGUAAAUUUAGCGGUAAUGCGAAGGAUGAGCUGACGCCGUUGAUUGGUUAUAAGUUUCGUACGAGAGAUCGUGUGGGUUAUUGCAUUGGCAAGGAGAAGGUGGGCGGCUGGUGGAAGGAGGGUUGCGCGAAGAGCAAGUUAAAUGGCAUCUAUGCACCCUCGAAGUGGGAGAUACCGACGCAGAUUGGCAUUAUUUGGGAUAAUAAAACCUCGUUGGGCUUCAACUACUCACUGGAGUAUGUGCACAUGGCCAUACGUCCGAAGUAUUGUACUAAAAUUAAUACUGAGUUGUGAAGAAGUAGAAAAUUUAGCUAAAUUUAAUAGAAUUAAAUUCGAGU